CGCGCCUCUGCGGAGGGGCAGGCGGCGGCCGCCCCCCUCUUGCCUUCGACUGUGGGUUCGCCCCACUCGGGUCCUCCCUCAGCUCGCCUGUGCUGGAUGAGUCCAUGUACCCUGGAAAUGAUUCUCAGGGCUGCCAUCUCCCCUCCAUCUCCAGAGAGACCUGUGGUCAAGAGCUGGAGAACGUUGACGAGAAAGGCGCCUCUGGCAUGAGCACGGUGGAGGACAGACACAGAACUAAACACAAUGAUUUUCUGGAAUCUAAGGAAUGCUUUGUGAACAAAACAUCCUCUGGCAGAAGGGUUAGUUCCUCAUCUUCUGUUGAAACAGAUCUAAGUGUCAGAAAGCCUACAGGCCCAGGCAGGAUGUCUGUUGCCCUUGACCCUGCUGCAGAUUUGGAUGUGAAGUCUUCCUCCUCACAUUCUGGUCACUCCUCUGAAAUCUCAUUUCAUGAAGUCCAGAAGGAUAAAAAUCCUGAGGAAUUUAGCCUGCUUAAGUUGCUGACAAAAGAUGGACAGCGUCCCGAGUGGACAUUUUACCCGAGGUUCAGCAGCAAUCUCCACACCUACCAUGUUGGAAAGCAGUGCUUCUUUAGCGGACUCUACCUGGGCAACAGGAGGUCUGUCUCAGAGAGGACAGUGGACAAGUGCUUUGGAAGGAAGAAAUAUGAUAUUGAUCCCAGGAAUGGAAUCCCAAAGUUAACACCAGGAGAUAAUCCAUAUAUGUACCCAGAACAGAGUAAAGACUUCCACAAAGCAGGAUCAACUCUUCCACCAGUGAAUUUUUCAGUAGUGCCUUUUGAAAAGAAAUUUGAUACGUUUAUUCCACUUGAACCUCUUCCACCGAUUCCUAGCUUGCCUUUCUGGGUGAAGGAGAAGGAGCAGAAGCUGCAGAAUGAGAUAAGAGAAGUUGCAGAGCUUGAAAAUUGGCAAGCAGCUGCUCCCUUGAUAAAGAGUUUAUUCCCUCCUGGUGGGUUAAAGAACUGUCACAAAGUAACAUAAAAGCUGAAGGCCAGCCUAGAGGAGCAGGCUGUUGAGAGGCUUCGCAUGGGGAGGAGAAGUCCCAGAGUGGAUUGUGUCUUUUUGCCCCAUGGUGGUUCCUUGGGCAGAUGCCAAAGUCAUGGUAUUGCCACCUGAAUGUGCUGGUUGAGAACUACUAGUCUUGGAACACAACCUUUAACUCCGUGCCUCUAUCCACAGGUUCUUUGGACAUUUCAAGACAGUCCUGAACAGAAAUAAGCCC